CAUCAAGUCUCCGUCGCUUCACUCCCUUUCUGCAUCAUCCCCUCUGUCGCGCAGAUAUGGCGCCUCUUUCAGCAAUCAAGGAAAAUGUACCUCUGGUCCGCCCAAGAGGCGAUGGUGGUGAGCAAGGUCCCGCUUUGAAGAAACGGAGACUGGCACCGAGUGCACUCCAUGGCUCCCAGCCAACGCAAUCAUCGUUUGCCGAGGUGCUGGAACGGAUUAAGGAGGAGGCAGGGGAUACACCUGAUGCCGAAGGCGGUGCUGAUUGCUGGGCGCGACCGGCUUUGCCACCCAUAAAUGAAAAGACCGAUAAGCUGGUGUUUCAGCAAAUUGACAUCGACGAGACUAGUCAUGGAGGGUCUAUCAGUCUGCGUAUGUUUGGAGUCACCGAAGCUGGCCAUAGUGUUCUCGCCUAUGUUACUGAUUUCUUACCAUAUUUCUACGUCGGUCAACCUCGUGGCUUUGUCGAAGAUGAUCUUGGUGACUUUGCGACAUACCUAAAUACGCAAGUUGGUUACGAUGUUGUCGUCGGGAUUGAAAUUGUCAAGAAGCGAAGUCUUUGGGGCUAUCGAGGAGAUGACCGAGUGCCUUUCUUGAAGAUCACCAUCAACGAACCCAGAAACCUACCGAAAGUUCGAGGUCUCUUCGAAAAGAACACUGUAGACUUCAACGGUCUCUUCGCAAGAAAGGAUGGCGAAGGGAUCGCCACGUUUGAAAGCAACAUCGCCUAUACACUUCGGUUUAUGAUUGACACGAAGGUCGUUGGAAUGAACUGGAUCGAAGUUCCUGGUGGAAAAUACAAAAUCAUAAGCGAUGAAGGAAAGAGAUCGCACUGUCAAUUGGAAAUCAGUAUGGGAUGGAACGCUUUCAUUUCCCAUGCGCCAGAGGGGAAUUGGUCCAAGGUAGCGCCUCUUCGGAUACUCAGCUUUGAUAUCGAGUGUGCGGGUCGAAAAGGCAUUUUUCCUGAGGCCAGCGUCGAUCCUGUUAUCCAGAUAGCCAACAUGGUCACUCGCCAAGGCGAUUCCAAGCCGUUCAUACGAAAUGUCUUCACCCUCAAUUCCUGUUCACCUAUUGUAGGUUCUCAAGUGCUCGCGCAUAAAGACGAAGGCAAAUUGUUACUGGAGUGGCGCAAGUUCGUAGAACAAGUGGAUCCGGACGUGGUUAUCGGAUACAAUAUCGGAGGUUUCGAUUUCCCUUACCUGCUUGACCGAGCCAAAGCAUUGCAGCUGAAAAAGUUCCCGUUCCUGGGCCGGAUGAAGUAUAACGAAACUAAAACUGUGAACACACACUUUUCUUCCAAGGCCUACGGGCAGCGCGAUUCUAAAGAUACACCUUUGGAUGGACGUCUUCAGCUCGAUGUUCUACAGUUCAUGCAGCGCGAGCACAAGCUACGUAGUUAUACCCUUAAUUCUGUCUGUGCGCAAUUUCUGGGAGAACAAAAGGAGGAUGUACAUCAUUCUGUGAUUACUGAGCUCCAGAACGGCACUCCGGAAUCUCGUCGACGUCUUGCUGUCUACUGUUUAAAGGACGCGUAUCUUCCUCAGCGUCUCUUGGACAAACUUAUGUGCUUCGUCAAUUACAUCGAAAUGUCUAGGGUGACUGGAGUCCCUUUCAACUAUCUGUUAGCUCGCGGUCAAUCUAUCAAAGUGCUGUCACAGCUGUUCCGUAAAGCCAAUGAGGAGGGAUAUGUUAUCCCGUCUUUGAAAGGAGAAGGUACUGACGACCAAUAUGAAGGCGCAACGGUUAUCGAGCCGAAGAAGGGUUAUUACGAUGCACCCAUCGCCACGCUCGAUUUCAGUUCUUUGUAUCCCUCAAUCAUGAUGGCUCACAACUUAUGCUACACAACGCUACUUGACAAGAGCACGGUUGAGCGUCUUCAACUAGUUGAAGAUGUCGACUACAUCAGGACACCGAACCAUGACUUUUUUGUUAAGUCGAGCCGACGAAAGGGUCUACUUCCGACGGUUUUAGAAGAUCUUAUAUCAGCUCGUAAACGCGCAAAAGCAGAUUUAAAGAAGGAAACAGAUCCCUUCAAGCGCGCUGUGCUCGAUGGACGGCAGCUGGCCCUGAAGAUCAGUGCCAAUUCCGUCUACGGAUUUACUGGCGCCACCAUUGGAAAGCUUCCUUGUUUAGCCAUUUCAUCUAGCGUUACGUCUUAUGGGCGACAAAUGAUUGAGAGAACAAAAUCGGAGGUUGAAGCACAGUACUGUGUUGCGAAUGGUCAUUCUCACGAUGCAGAAGUUAUUUAUGGCGAUACAGACUCUGUCAUGGUAAAAUUUGGGCCCACUGAUCUCGUCAAAGUGAUGGAAUUAGGUGCUGAGGCUGCUGAAUUCGUCACUGCCAAGUUCAUCAAGCCUAUCAAGCUCGAGUUCGAGAAAGUUUACUUUCCUUACCUCCUUAUCAGCAAAAAGCGUUACGCUGGUCUUUAUUGGACACGGCCAGAUAAGUAUGACAAGAUGGAUUCCAAAGGUAUCGAGACUGUGCGUAGGGAUAACUGUCGCCUGGUCUCCACUGUCAUUGAGACAUGUCUCCAUAAAAUGCUUAUUGAUCGGGAUGUUCGCGGUGCCGAGGAGUAUGUUAAGCAGACGAUAUCCGAUUUGCUUCAAAACAAAGUCGAUAUGUCUCAACUGGUAAUAACAAAGGCAUUAGCAAAGAGCGACUAUGCGGCUAAACAAGCACACGUCGAACUGGCUGAGCGAAUGAAGCAGCGAGACGCCGGUUCCGCGCCUGCUUUAGGUGAUCGUGUGGCAUAUGUCAUCGUCAAGGGUAUCAAAGGUGCUGCGGCAUACGAGAAGUCAGAAGAUCCGCUAUACGUCCUUGACAACAGCAUACCAGUGGAUACAAGAUACUAUCUGGAGAACCAACUUUCCAAGCCUCUGAUGAGAAUAUUCGAGCCCAUAUUGGGAGAGAAGGCGAAUUCAUUGUUAUCCGGGGAUCAUACCAGAACCAUACAAAUUGCGACGCCUACUGUAGGGGGAUUGAUGAAAUUUGCGGUGAAAACGGUAACUUGCUUAGGAUGUAAGACGCAAUUGCGAAAAUCGAAUAGCAAAACAAAUGGUGCUGUUUGCAACAAUUGCAGGCCUCGAAUAGGCGAACUAUACCAGAAGCAGGUGUCGGCGUCCUCAGAGCUACAGAUCCGGUUUUCGCGGCUCUGGACUCAGUGUCAACGAUGUCAAGGUUCCCUUCAUCAGGAUGUUUUGUGCACAAGUAAAGAUUGCCCGAUAUUCUACAUGAGAAAAAAGGCCCAGAAGGACGUCGAGGACUCCAAUGCAGUACUGGAGCGGUUCGAAUCGGACUCUUGGUGAUCAUCGGCGAUUGAAGUUUACAAUCUGUGUUAUUAAGUUUACUACAUGGAUAUUUCAACUAUUGGCUUGUCUCCCCAGCCGGUGUUACAGGACG